AUGACCACGGGGCUCGAGAGUCUCCCGGCGGAGAUUUUGGUUGAGAUUGCGGAAAUGUGCACCUGGGACCUCGACCCUCCUCUUUCUUACUAUGCCAACCCGUCCAACUAUCUGAGAAGCCACAGCAGACUCGCCCGGACAUCCCAUCGCCUAUUCGACGCACUCAAUGCACAGCUUUACCAGCAGAACCUUACCGGAGAUCCGCCGACGUACUCAUGCGUCCUGUGGGCCGUAAAUCAAGGCAGACUUGGCACACUUAUUCGCGCUGUAGGCUAUGGAGCAGCCCUCGAUACGACAAUUGAAGUAGACGAAUUCGCCGAAUAG